AAGACGAAAUGGCGGUAAAUUUGUGUUUGUAAUGGCGGCCUCGAGAUGGACGAAUUCGCAGAUUCAGAGAUUUUGUUCUCUGAAUGGCAAGAAAGCCAAGACAAUGAGCUCAUGGAAAUUGAUGACGACUUUAUAAGUCAAAGAGAGCAAGAAAAUAGCGCUGAUCGUGUAGAAAAUGCGAGAAAUGAGCGCACACGCGACCGAUUUGAUCAGUCACAUUUCCCUGAUACAUCCUCUUCUGCCCUGUUCCAACACAUAGCUGCUGGUCUGUACUGUGACGGCAGGGUGUUUCAUGUUGGCGAUGGACAGCUUCCUUCUGAGGGGUAUCUUUGCUCUGGAUUAUUUGAGAGGUUGCUCUGUGGUGAUGAUCUGUACUUGGGUCUCUUCACUGGACCCACUGUUCAGCUGUUUGGUGCAAAGUUUGUAACUGGAAAUACACUCUUCCAUCAUCAAGAAAAGCUGUUUAAUUUACUAAGGCAGCAAAUCUUCAAGCUGGAAAACCUUCAUGAAGGCAGGGCCUGGACUUUAUCAGGGGAUGGGAACUCAGACUGCCUGAACAUUAGGAGGUCAUGCAACAAGUUUAUGAUGUAUUUGCAUUAUUUCAUUAACAACUGUCUAGUAAAUUCAACGGACCUCAGCCACACCCAAUCACACCCCUACCUCCAGCUUUUAGCCCAGACACCAGUCACCCUACACAAGUCAUUGGUCGCCCUGUCGCUAUUCAUAGGCCGUCUUUGUGACCUCCCAAGGACAUGCUUCCUGCAUGAGGAUGCCGUGGGUGUCAUCUCUUCUCGACUGCCUGCUGGUUUCCACAUGUUCCAUGUGUAUUUGGAUGUGAAGUGGAAUGUGUUGCAAGGGUUACUAGGUCUUCUCAACAAACAAGACGCAGAUGCUCAUUUGCCAGAGCGCGAGGAAUUGCUAUGCUCCAUUAAGACCGUUGCCAUGGAAACACUUUGGGAUUUGACGGCCAUAGCGGCCACCAUUUACGACAAGGCCGGGCGAAGUAACUCAAUGAAGAGCUCUCCUUUUCCCUGUUCGUGCGUACUGGAGGUGUGGAUCAUGUUGGUGCAGACUUUGGACCACUUGUCCUCAAAGACAGAGCAACAGUCGUUCUGGUCUUCCUUCACGUGUAUCUUAGAAGAAGUGCGGAACCCGACAGAAGAUCCUGUGGCUGACAACCAGGAAUUAAAUUCGUUUGUACCACAAAGCUUUACAUGCGCCGACCCUGUGGGGUUCUGUUGGUGGAUCGUGGUGAAGGUUGCUCCACUCUACUGGUUCAACCGUAGAGGUGUCUACAAUGUUAGGGAGAAGAGUUGUGUGCCAGGCAACUGGUUGUAUCUUACGGGCUUGGUCAAGUCGAGUCUGUCAGCAUUAAAGGAAUGUCACGAGGAGUCUCACAGGCGAUACUUCAUAAGGUGCUGCGUCGAGCUGUCCUAUGACUGGUCAGCAAACACCGGACUUGUGCUGUGGCUCUGGGACUACUUCCACAGGAGGCUAAAUGAGACAUUCCAUAUACCUGGUAGCUCUCUUCAGGGAAUGAGUAUCGUCAGCUCUUCUGCUUUCCACUGGAUGUCGGAGUGUCACCAUAGAGGUAGCUCGAGAAACCAAAGUACCGAAGCUGAGACAAGUUACACAUUGUGGCUGGAAAUGCUUGCUGUUCAUCUAUCAAGAGCUGGACUACAAGGGCUUGGCUGGAAGCAAAUAAAAGGAAGAUUUUAUUCCAAGUUUCACAAGCGAAGAAUGGAAGAACUGAACGAAACAGGUCUACAUAAUUUUAUCAGCUUGUUUCUGACUCUAUCGUCCGUGGCCGACUUAGAAGACGUAGCUACCAAAAUGUGCUCUUUUCUAGAACUUUUGGAUUUCGGGACCACUGCACCUGCAAAAAGAGUGUUUAUCUGGAGAGGCCUCUUCGCUUUGAUGCUCGUUUACAAAGAGCGUGACGUUGAUUGUGCGCACUUGUCAACAAAGAUGGCUGAUAGCUUCUCUCUGAUAGCUAAGGAGUUUGCAGAGGUUUAUUCACGUGACAAAGUGCGACACAGGCAUCUCUGGGAGCUUAUCACGCUCUUUUUGGACUGUACACAGGAAGUUCUGGAACACAGUAACAAGAAGAAUCUGUCGGAGUCUGCCUUAAUAGGAGUUGGCUUCCAGCAGUUGUUUAGUGUAUGUCGCGACAACGAAUUAAGAUACGUACUGGGAUUUGUGCAGUCUGUCUCGAAUAUAGUCAGACCCGACUCAUCCAACUGUUCAAGCAGGCAAGACUUUUCUGAGACGCUGUGGACGCGGAUAUUCCCUCAUCUACGCAUGUUGCUAAGCGACCGUCAGGUUGUGAAGGCUACAUCCAAUUACCUGGCUGACACCAUGGCAGGGUUUCUACUUCUUUCUUAUCAAAGGUAUCCUGAGGCAGCAAAGCCACCACAGGAGGCGUUUCUCAGUCUUCUGAGAUGCGUGUGCUUUGGAGAAGAUCUUGACGCUAGCUUUUGCUGCCGGCUGCUAUGCCACAUACUCCCUACAAAUGGAGUUACCUCUGUUCUAGAGAAAGAGGGUCUACAGACCAGUGUCAUCCACACAUGGUUCCGCUGUCUUCUGCAACUACCAACAACGCAUGACAGCUGUCAAUCAUUUACGAGAUUUGUUGCGUCAUUGCCAGAGAUGUCACAGCUAAUUGGCAAUCAGCCGGAGUUUGCAACGAGUACAAAUAGUGAGAAGUCACUCAAGAUAUUUAUUGCUUCAUUGGGAAUGCAUCAUGGGCGUUUGACACGGUUUGAGGAGAAUAUUCAAUUCCGGAAGAGGGUGCAAAGUUAUCUAGGAGAUCUAACAAAAUACAUGGACCCAUUUGUGAACAAUGCCGGACCUCAAGAUUCACUCAGGUUGUCGUACUUUGUGUCAGGCUAUCUCGUCAUGCACUGUUACAAGGUCAUCUACAGCAAGACUCAGCCUCACUGCUUGUUACCAAGGUUACUAGACCUUCUCAUCCUACCGCUGACCGGGAAAAAGUCGAUGCACCCUUCCGUGGUGCAGUGUGCGAAGGCUCAUCUUCAUUUGUUUCUGCAAGGGUUACGGAGUCUCGACUUCAAGAGGGAUGACUUCAUCAAGCGAAAAAUCCGCAACAUCUUCGACAAGUACUUCCAAGCAGUCUGUCAGAAAUGGCAAUCAGACCUGGCUUGUGGCACCGCGGUGGGAACAGAGAAACUGAAGAACCCAUUUUUGGUUGUAAUGAAAGACUCGUUUGGAGAAAGUCCCACUCAAGAAGCGAGUGAUUAUCGUGAAUUUGUGGUGGAGCUUAUCCGAGAUGUAUAUCUCAAUUUACCGCAACCUCACACCACCUUGACACCGACGUUGUACUUCUUGGAUCAACUCUUCCGGAGAACGCAAUCACUGCGUCAAACCGCAAGAGACUCGAUGUAUCUGCUCGCCCCUGUUCUAUCCUGCCUGAUGGCCUGCAACGUCUGCUCGUCUGGUAAUGAACCGCCAAAUAUUCGCAGACACGCCUCCGACCUCAUUCGUAUGAUGAUCGAAAGCUGUAAACUCGUCCCUGUUACCCCAGACUAUGAUUCAAGGGAAACUUUGAUUCCUCCUUUGCGAAGCUUUGUUUACAACCAAGUUAAGGAGUUUAAGGGUCUCGUCUUCAAGACAUUCGAAUCCGUGGCCGUACUUGACCCAGACCUGGUUGCGUCACUCAUUCCCGACAUGCAACAGGCAAUCACUCAGUGCGAGCAAAAUAGGGGAGUUGGGACCGACUCUCAGUUACGCUCGGCGUUUAAAGUGUUGCUACAGAAGGCUGGCAGGGCAUCCGAAGCAGACUGGGACUCGCCUAAUAUCCAUGAUAGCUUGUCAUAGCUACGUGUCGUUAUGGAGAUAUGAUUGCAAAAUCAUCCGAAUAGGACUGGGACUCAAUUGGAGUUAGUCAAAGUCUAUUGUUGUAAUGUAAGAUAUUACCACAUCAUCCGAGGAGGACUGGGACUCGCCUGGAGCCAGGAAAAGUCCAGUGUCGUAAUGUUCAAUAAGAUAUAAUUACCUAAUAGUCCGAGAAGGACUAGGAAAAGACUGGUGUCAGAAAAGACACCGGUUUCGUAAUGUAAGAUUUUACCAAAUCAUCCGAGAAGGACUGGGGCUUGCCUGGAGCCAGGAAACGCUCAGUGUCGUAUUGUAAGAUAUAAUCACCAAAUCAACCGAGGACUAGGGCUCGCCUUGGGCUAGUAAUACCCAUUCUUGUAAUGUAAGAUAUGACUACCUAAUAGUCCGAGAAGGACUGGGACUCACCUGAAGUCGUAUACUAUAGUGUAAGAUAAUAUAAUAACGUAAUCAUCGUCCGGUAAGGGCUGGGCCCAGUGUCGCAUGGUAAUGUCCAAAUCAUCACCCGAGAAGGACUGGAACUCCCUGGAGUCAGAAUGUAAGAUAUGAUAACCUUAUUAGUGGGGUCGCUUAGCGCACAAAAAGAGCUAAAUCUAUACACAUCGGACAGAAGCACCAAACUUGGUAAUAUAUAGAUUUAGGCACUGCCUAAAGGCGGAGCAAGCAUUUGAUACCUUUUUGUGUUGACUGAUAGGGGUUAUUUAGGGGGAUCUAGGUGUCUUUAAAAUGUUUUUUUAAUUAGAUUAAAAAAGUCAUUUUUUACU